AAAAAGAGGCUUCCAAAAAGGUGCCAAAUUUAACGUUUCUAAGACAAAAAAAAAAUCCUUUUGAAGUGAAGUGAGGUUUUAAUUCCUUCGAUCAAACUCCAGGGUUUACCCAACAGUUCAUCAAUCAUUGCAGUUGGUGCAUGAAUCAUGAUGCAAAAGCUUUGAGAGUAUGGAGGUUUCUACUUCAACUAAAGUCACAUGGAAAAUUGAUAACUUUUCAAAAUUGACUACGAGCUAUCUGUAUUCCGACGUUUUCAUUGCCGAAAGAUGUAAAUGGUGUUUAUGUAUUUACCCGAAAGGAAAAGAUGUGGAUCAUUUGUCAAUAUACCUACACGUUGCUGACUCAAAAAGUUUGCCAAAUAGUUGGAGCCGAGAUGCUCAUUUUAGCCUGUCAGUAAUUAAUCAAAUCAAGGAAAAGUCUACAGUUACAAAAGAUAGACAACAUGUAUUCGUUGCAAAUGAAAGCGGUUGGGGUUGCCGAUCUUUCAUUCCUCUUAGCAAAAUAAACAAUCCUGCUGCAGGGUACCUUAUGAAUGAUACCCUUAGAGUUGAAGCUGAGGUUCAAGUCCGCAGUGUUGUGCAUUAUUCUGUGAUUGAAUCUGCAAAGGAAGUUAAUCAAGAUGAACCGAAACUGCCCAAGAGAGCAGUUGAAAUACCACUAGAUCAAGAUCCUCUGAGUUGUCACAUCAAAAAAUAUCAAAAGUGCUUUUCAACGCCGGAAAAUCUACGCCAGAAGGAAGUACAUGGAAUUAAGGCAGCGGUUGAACCACCAAAUGCUAUAGUAACUCCUUUAACUGCUAAACCACUUAGUCACACUGAAGAAGCAGUUCAAAGUGGAGCAACCACUAACAAACAAGAAAUUGUGAAGGAAUCACUUCCGCCUCCUACCAUUGUCGACAAAAAGGAUCUUUCUCAGGAUCCUUCCCCCGAGCUUGUAUUAUCCUCCCCAGAUGUGCAGAAAAAUUCAAAGAAUCUUCUGACUGAAAUCUCAAACCGCAUAAGGACUCAAAAAUCCUCUCCUAGCAAUGAAAUGACAGUUUCAAUUGAAGGAUUGAGGCCUGACUUUGUGAGUCAACAAAAGGAAGCACUGGUCAGGUUCUUCAAUAUGUCAUUAGAGGCUAUACAAGAAGCUAAUGCCUUUGGCAAUAUCGAGGGGAUUAUCCUUGCACUCAUUCAGCAUGCUGACAAUUUAAAGGAGAAAACAAUUCUUGAAGAUCUAGCUUCUCAUUUGGCAGAAUUUCGAGAGAGCAUUCCAAACUCUACAACCAUAGCAGAAACUGUGGAAGCUCGCAGAAUAUCUCUUGCAGGGAAAAAUGUAGAUCUUAAGGCGAGAUUGGAGCAAAGACAAGAGGAAAUAACUGCUUUGGAGGACAAAUUCUCAAUGCUCUCGGAAGAAGAAGAAAAAACCCAAACUGAAAUUCUGCGGUUAAUGAUACAAAAGGAGGAGCAUCUUUCCCAAAAGAAUUCCCUUGCUAUUGAAUUGCAGAAAGCCAACGAAGGAGCAUCGAGAGAUCUUGAAGAAUGGAGAGGCUUAGAAGGGGAAGUUAAGCAGUCCAACGCGGAAUGGCUUGGAGCCAAAGAGAAACUAGCAUUAGCUAACGUGCGUUGGAAACUCUUCAAAGAGGAUCUCGGUCUUGGAAAGCUUGAUAUUUUGUAAAUAUUUGGUUAAUGUAGUUUUAUCAGCUUUCAAAGUGAACUUAUGCAAAAUAGUUAUGGAACUAGAACUUGUGCUUCAUAACUGUGCGCUUGACUAAUCUAAUUGUAGCAGUUCAUUUCUA